AUGUCAUCUCCACCUCAUCGACAUUUCACAACCCCAUCUACCUACUCUCAAGUAUUUACGAAUCACAAUGCUUUGACUACACUACGCCAACCAUCCCCGAGUGCCCAGACUUUCACAUCGCCGCUAUCUGUAGGAGGAGGGACCACUGGUGUGACUCUACCGAGUUCCCAUUCAAUGGUCAUCCGGAAUUCCCAUGAUUUCUCUCUCGCAUUGUCUAUCCAGGCUGCUCAAGCCGAUCGGAGAGAAUGCCCCUGGUACGGGGUGUGGUCCAAAGUCUUGGAAAGAUAUAUAUUUCGUAAUGCGGAUACACCCCAAACAGCAUGUACCUGCGUUCCGCAGUAUUCCCUUGUUGUAUCCUAUGAUUCAGGUCGCUCGCCGCAGAGUGGUAGCUCCGGUUGGUCUGACAUAGUCAUGGGCAACCCUUCACCAGGUCGGCAUUCAAUGACUCCAGGGAGCCGCCUUCCUGGAUCACCCUCAGUGUCAUACAACCAUACCCCAGAUUUCAGUCCUGAUUCACAGGCAAUUUUUGGAGGACCACUGCCUCCCCUGACACCUAGCCCUUUACACUCAGGCUCGUUGCGUCAUGUACCGUACCCUGAAAGUCCUCUUGCACAGCGCGUCACUCGUUUGCAAGCUCGUCAUGCGGAAAAUCCUUUCAACGUUCCAGUCAGCACCCGUCCACUACCUCAAUCCUCAUCGCCAUAUCAAAUUCCAUUAGGUGGUAUUCCCCCAACAACUCCACCUAGACAAACUACUGGCUUGUCGGAUGCAUCUUUCAAAAUUCCGGACUUUGUGCAAAUACUCGAGCAUGCACAACAGCCCUUCCUGGUCGUUCCCGGUCAUGUAAUUCGCCGGGUUAUUAUGAUAGUUGAAAUCAAAGCGCCACGUCCUGACGAUAGAUUCCAGUGGGAGUCAAUCUGGGAGGAGCAAGUGCAGGAGCAGGUUCUUCAUGCAUUUGAGGCUGAUCGUACUCUCAAAUACUUGGGAGUCAUCAUAGCUGCUGGUCGUCGUUGGGUGUAUAGCACUGUGGACCGUGGCGAUCUAGUUCCUCGGACAAUGUCAGAGAGGCGCGAUCCAACUUGGCGCGGCACUGGACCGCGAGUACCAUCAUCUGAUGACUCCGUGGUAGAGGAGAGGGAAGUCCAGCGUGUUAUGCCCUCGUUAAACAUCCCCGACUUUCUCCCCAAAGCACAGAAUGGCACCUUGUAUCAAUUUGAUCUCCUGGACGCCAGGGGAGACUCCCUCAGAGCCUUUCAAGAAAUUGUAAAGGACCUCCGCCGUAAAAAUAGUGAUAUUUGGAUCUAG